AUGAUGCGAACGUUAACGUUCAACCUGGCCUGCUGGGCAACCCUUGAUCAAUCAGCGGUUUGCGGACCAAAGAGACUCGAAGAAUAUCCAAAUUUUAACCAGAGAAGAGAAGCCGAAAAAAGUGAUUGUGUGGUGCCUAGUAUGUCCACAACAGCGCCAGAGUCGCUUAAAACGCAGUUAACUUAUGUAGAGGCGCGUAGCGGUGAGUUCAAAGCGCAGGCAUCCUCCCCGCAACUGUAUGGAACGAUCGUUCUCGGGAAGUGGAAGGAUGCAUUCCUGUUUGCGUGGCACGGCUACGGAAGUGCCGCUUUUGGAUACGAUGAGCUCCUGCCGACUUCAGAUGGCAGCAUUCAGAAUUUCAAUGGUUGGGGAGUGAUGCUCCAUGAUUCUUUAAAGACCAUGCUUCUCAUGCGCCUCAAAAACUCUGAAGAGUACAAGCACGCGAUGGAGCAUGUCGCCAAGCAGACCUUCAAAGACCAUGUGGGUCGGAACCGUCAUAAGUUUGCGAAUUACAAUGGUGGAAUCUCUUUCUUCGAAACAACCAUUCGCUACCUAGGCGGGUUGCUGUCCGCCUGUGGAUUGUCGGCCGACUUGGUACUUGGAAAAGGCCAACGAGCAAUCACACAACGUAUUGAUCUUAAUGACAUCGACCUUCUGCAGGAAACGCAGACGAAGGACGGGUUAUGGAGUGCAUAUUGGGGGUGGAAAUCGGUAUUCGCUCGGUCGCAAUUCCUCUCAGUCAUUCCGAUUCGUGAUGUCUCUUCCGUGGAUCUCGUGUGCCUCUACACGAGCCUCAUCGCGCUUGGCGUGGAGGCACUUGGCUCGGAACUCACGCAAGAACAAUCAGAUUUGCACCACUGGGCGGCUGGGCGGCUGAAGGACUGA